AGCCAGCGGUGCCAUCUCUACGUGCUGUCCUCAACAGCUGUUCAAUUUUUUGUUGACGUUGUAUUAGCGUCGUUUAACUUUAGCCUAGCAUAAGUAAAAUAUAAUAAGGAAGGGACUAUGUCGGCGGUGGCUUACGACUCGCUGCUGUCCACGACGGCAGUGAUCAGCACCGUCUUCCAGUUCCUCUCUGGCUCCAUGAUAUGCCGAAAGUACAUCCAAAAAAAGAGCACGGGCGACUCUUCCGGAAUUCCUUUCGUUUGUGGCUUCUUAUCCUGCAGUUUCUGGCUGCGCUACGGCGUCUUAACCAGCGAGCAGAGCAUCGUGCUUGUCAACAUUAUCGGAUCGACGCUCUUUCUGGUUUACACGCUGGUCUACUAUGUGUUCACCGUCAACAAACGUGCCUUCAUCAAGCAGUUUGGCUUCGCGCUGACCGUACUAAUUGCGGUUAUUUGGUACACCAAUCGACUGGAAGAUCAGCGCGAUCAAAUGAUCCACGUCACAGGAAUCGUUUGCUGCGUUGUCUCCGUUUGCUUUUUUGCCGCCCCGCUCGCUAGCCUGCUGCAUGUGAUAAGGGCCAAGAACUCAGAGAGCCUGCCCCUGCCGCUGAUUGCCAUGUCCUUUGUGGUCAGUCUGCAGUGGCUAAUCUACGGCGUUCUGAUAUCGGACUCAUUUAUUCAGAUACCAAACUUCCUCGGCUGCAUUCUGUCUCUGCUGCAGUUGGGUCUGUUUGUUCUCUACCCACCGCGGAGUUAUUCCGGCCAUGGAUACAAGCUUGUCGAACAGGCUGUGCCGUUUUAGGUAACUGAUUUGACGCAUUUCUCGCGUUGGUAUUUGAGCGUGUGUCGCAUACAGGAUAUAUAAUGUUUAGUAUAACUUUUAUGGCCGAGCAUGCUGCUUGCUUUUAUA